GAUCUGUUGUUGCUACACGUGGAAGUGAAAUGACUCCAGCAGAACCUUGGUUGCAACGGAUUCCACCUAUUGUGAGAGCGAUAAGUAGAUGUGGCCCCAUUCAAGUAUUAAUUCUACCUCUACAGUGACAACUGCCUUGAAAAAGAACUAUAUAUUUCUACCUACCUCAGAUGGGACAUCACCUCUUGCUGUGUGCACUGGAAUAAAAGACAAAGGAAACAGUUUUUUUCAUCAUGGAUUGUCAAGAGAAUGAGUACCGGGACCAAUGGGGGCGCUGUGUCACCUGCCAACAAUGUGGCCCUGGACAGGAGCUCUCGAAGGAUUGUGGUUAUGGAGAAGGUGGAGAUGCACACUGCAUAGUCUGCCCUCCCCGAAAGUAUAAAAGCACUUGGGGACAUCACAGAUGUCAGACAUGCAUCACUUGUGCUGUCAUCAAUCGGGUCCAGAAGGCCAACUGCACAAAUACCUCUAAUGCUAUCUGUGGAGACUGUCUGCCCAGGUUCUACCGAAAGACACGCAUUGGGGGCCUGCAGGACCAAGAAUGCAUCCCAUGUACAAAGCAGACUCCUUCUUCCGAGGUUCAGUGUACCUUCCAGUUGAGCUUAGUGAAGGUAGAUGCACACACUGUUCCCCCUAGGGAAGCCACACUUGUUGCACUGGUGGGAAGUCUGCUAGUGGUAUUUGCUCUGGCCUUCCUUGGACUCUUCUUCCUUUAUUGCAAGCAGAUCUUCAACAGACAUUGUCAAUGCAGAGAUUCGUUGCAAUAUGAGGCUGAAAAGACAGUGGAGGAGGAUUCUCUUUUCCCCGUACCACCUGGCCAGGAGACCAGUCCUGAAUUUCCAGCUAAUGAGGGCAUCUUGGAGAUCAAACCACUUAACUCCAUCCUGGAUGAUGACUGCAGCUCCACUCGCGGCUUCCCCACCCAGGAGUCCUUUACCAUGGCCUCCUGUGCCUCAGAGAGCCAUUCUCAAUGGGUCCAUACCCCAAUUGAAUGUACAGAGCUGGACCUGCAAAAGUUUUCCAGCUCUAUCCCCUCUACUGGACCUGAAACCUUGAGAGAGAACACAGCUGAACACUCAGGAGACAGGCUGGAGCUCUAUGUACCUUUUGAAGUUCCCAGCCUUUAAUUCUACCAAGGUGAACUAGAAAGGUCUCUUUCACUCUUAGCAACCUUGCCAUUGCUUGUUGCUGGACUUUCCUGCUCUUCUUUUACUCAACAAAAGUAGCAAGAGCCUGGGAUGUGGGUCCCACAAUAACCAGCGUUCAAAAAUGGGGUCUUCAGAGCCCCAUUCUAAGAGAGAACUAAGUCUCCAGUGACUGACCUUGAACACUUUUUGUUUUAUUAUUCUAGUCUGGGGAUCCAGAUUCCAUAGCCAUGGGACUGCUGGGCCUGUUCUUUCUCUUUAAUUAAUUAUAGAAGUGGGGGGAGUAACAAUGAAUGAGGUGGAGUUUGCCUGCCUGUAUAUGUUUCAUGCCUAUAUUUUUGAGAAGUAGACCUAAAAAAUGGAGUAUACAGUAUAAAUAUUGGCAUCUGCCUACCAUAUUGAAGAGAAUGAAAUACUUUCCCUUUUAGCUAUUUUCUUUGACCCCCCCCUACGUCUACACACACAUAAACAUGUACAUGGAGUGAAGGGAUAUUGAGGAAGGUAUCAUGGGGAGGCCUGAAGCCUGGAUUUUAUAACUCAUAUCCUAGACUUCUGUAAAAAUGAUAGUUGUCAAGCCAGUAUAUUUCUUAGACUCUUCAUUCUUAGAGACAGGCUAUCAGUACUCUCUGGUGGGGAUUCAAAUCAGUGUCUUCUAGAUUUUUCUAAAUUGUUGUUUCUUGAAUGUCUUUGCAUUUUUCUUACUCCAAUAUUCUUACCUUUUCCCCCUUCCAGUCAAGUCCUGACUGUGAUGUUUCUGAGGUGCAGAAGUAGUACCCUGUGGAGCUACAGGGACCAUUUGGUGCUUUCUUGGCUUAGAGAAUAGUCAGUCUAUUUCUCUUAAGCCUGAAUCUUCAGUUUUACAUGCGUCUAAGCAUGAAUUGAAACAUUUUUCUUCUUCUUUUUUUUUUUCCAGAAUAUGUCAGACAUGACCCUCAGGACUUAGAUGUGGCUAUCAUGUGUUGGCUUUAAGUAUCCUGGUAUGUUCAAAAUGAGCCACUAGGAUUGAUGCCCAUUUCGUUAUAGUGGUUCAAGUUUUGACAGGGCGAAGUGGUCAACUGAGUAAAGCAACUGAACCUUUUUUGCUUAGGUGUAAUAUAUAAUAUCCUGGAGGCUAGUGUGACUUAGGUUAUUAAAAACAAAUUCAAGAUGCACACAAUUAUUCUGGGUCAAAGAGGUAAAGAUGGACUAAAGCUGUGGGUGCUGUACUUUAUAUUAUUCACAUUAUAGUUGUUCUCUCUGUGACUCACUAUAUAAACUUUGAUAUAGGCAGUGCAGGGGUUGCUCAGUGAAAUAGGGGGGCAUACAAAAGUUAGAAUGCUUUCUUCAGUCAUUUCCCUUCAUUUGACACUUAACUAAGGACAUGGCUGCAUACAAGUAUUCCUCCAAUAUCAAGGUGGCAGAAGCAGGAGUAAUGAAAUUUGGAAGCAAGCUUACCUUACAUUGUAAGACUCUUUCUCAAAAACACAAGGUACAGGAAUUUAGAUAGUGUUGGAAUACUUGCAUUUGGCAUGAACAAGGUCUUAUUUUUGAUCCUAGCAAAAGGAAGAAAGGUGGAGAAAGGGGGAAAGGAGGGAAGUAAAGAAGGAAAUAAAACAUUUCCAACACCAAGAAAUACACCAGACCCCAUAGUAGGCUAAGUGCUGCUGAGGCUGUAGUGGAGUUUUCCAUUGGAAAAUAUCACAUGUGUUCAUCUUAUAUUAGGUUUUCUUGCCUUUAGCUCUUAAACACUGUUUACAAUAUUUUUUCUUCUUAUUUCUUGGUUCCCUAGACUCAUAGCACUCUGUGAGUCUGCUGGAAGGUUUGAUGGAUGUUCAUAGAGCUGUGUUUCUGAGUUUUAGCAUAACACAUAAAGGAAUUUUGAUAUGGGUCUCCUGGGCCUUAUCUAAUCUUUGAGGUUCUGUAUUCCUCUACCCCAAGCAAAAAGCCAGGCUACAGUUUGAUCUUUCAGGACCCUACAGUACAGUACGUUUCUGAGUCAAUUUUCCCUUUCCUAUGUCUGGGCUCCCCAAGCAAUCACCCACCAGACCUCCAAAGAUACCCACAGCAUUUUUCAAGUUAGCUAAGUGAGGCUGUGAAGGGUCCCUCAAGGUAUGAGUAUUUCUUUUGACAUGUCAGUUAGAUGCCUACUUUACUGUCCGUUUGGUUCUUUUUGAAAAUUCAUUUUGCCUUUAGCUUUUACCUGUACAUCUCAAGAGCAGAGACAAACAAGAAUCUCCUUGGAGACUCUAUUAUUCCUUUUUAUCUCUGAAUCUUUAUGAAGCUUAUGCAGCUAGUUUCUAUCCUACUAGCAAUUGGUAGGUUAGGUAAAAUGUAGACUUCCUCACCAGGACUUAUCCUUAAGAGAGAGUGCUCGCUACAAGAUUCUGUUAAAUGUGUCUUUAAUUACAGCUCAUCCACAAACACUGAUUAAGGGCCUUAAGGUCAAACUGCUGAUAAGAGUGUUAAAACAACAAGAGAAAAAAUACUAAAAGGUCCCAUUGUACUUGGCAGGGGAUUAGAAGCAAUUGAAUCACAACACUGUACCAGACAACCUGGUCUCCUGUAAGCAUUAUCAAAUGUGUCUGAGCCAAGGUUUAGACCUUGGUCUUUGGUACUUUUUUUCUGGGACAGCUUAUGCUUAUCUCACCAACUUUAAUUAGCCAUAUCUAUACUUCUGGUGAAGAAGAACUAGCACUAAAUCUGAGGUGGAUUCAGCUUGAGUAGGUUCCAGCUGUAGAAAGGUCACUAUGUGCUUGGCAAUGCUUCAAUCUCAAGUCCAUUACUGCUUCUUAGUGAAAAGGACUAUGAUGAUAAAACAGCAAAAACAAUGUGAUUAAAUGACCCAGGCACCCUGCUUCACUGUGCCUAUACAUAACAAGGUCGUUAUACAUCCAUGCCAAGAAUCGCCUUGGUUCCAGUUUUCUUGAACAGUUGGAGUUAAUAACUAAAAUAAGGUGAAGUUUUAUUUUGCUUUGCUUUCUUUGGUUUCUUGGGUAGAAUCAAAGAAAAGGAUGAUGUUUUGUUUUUUCUUUAUAAUUGAUAUUUGACCUUGGCUUACUUCAUAUUUGCAUAUUUGAUCAAGUAGUGUCCUUAUAAAGUGGGACCACUUUGAGCACUAUGCUUUUAUGUGUCUUCUCUUUGAAGAAUUCAUGAGACAUGUAUAUAACAUAACUCUGGGCCUGGACAGCAAUUGUGUUUUACAUAUUUGAGCUAGCAACAGAAAAUAUUUGUGUACAGGGGAUAGAGGUAGGCGUUUAGUGGAGGUGAGUCAGGCCUCAGGGUUCACUUUAUUUCCCCCACUUAUAUCACUGGAAUAUUGAAAGGUUGUAUGUAGUAUGGGAGAUCAACUUUCUUCCCUAAGGUCGUUAAUAUUAGAGUAAGUAAAAAUGUCAACACUACACCUCUCUUCCCAAUAGACCUGGCACAGCCUCAUACCCCUCAUUCAAUUUAUUACCGACGUCUUUGAUGUUUUGUAUUUAAUGUAGGCAGGUUUUAAUUAUUGUUUUCCUUUAAAUGAACUAUUUAUAGAGAUUUUGUUAAAUUUUGAGCCAUAUGCAUGAGUGGAUACUGACAAGUUGUGUCUGAUUUAUGAUAAUCUGCAAACAAUUCAUAUUAAUCAAUAAACAGAAGUACGUACAAAUGCCUUGUUUAUUCCUCGGCUUUCAGUGAACUUGUGUGACUCAUUCAAUUGUUUUGUGUGUCUGCUUAGUCAGUACAGAAAGAAAUGUGUUUUUAAUCAUUGGGUUUAGCACCAGAGCUAAGGCAAUUCUGACUCGUAACCCAGGAGAUCUGAGUUGUAGACUGUGUUCUCCUGCUUACAAAUUGUUUAUGACAUUUAGAAUCUUGUCUGUCUACAGAUCUACCAGAUAUGUUUGUAUUCUAAAUUUAGAAUUCUUUUCUUAUUUUGUUGAUUUUUUCUGUUGUCGUUAUUUGUUUGUUGUUGUUGUUGUUGUGGUGGUGGUGGUGGUGGUGGUGGUGGUGGUGGUGGUGGUGGUGGUUGUUUUGAGACAGGGUUUCUCUGUGUAAUAGCCCUAAGUGUCCUGGACUUACUUUUGUAGACCAUGCUGCCCUCAAGCUCACAGAGAUCUGCUUGACUCUGACUCCCAAGUGCUGGGAUUAAAAGUGUGUGCCACCACACCCAGCUCUAAAUUUAUAAUUCUUAGGGAAUGUUGUAUAGUCUUCAUACUGUGUGCAUAUAUUUAGACCUAUAAACCAAUCUCUUGUGUUUAUAUGUGCACAUUUCCAUUUGAUCUUACUAUUUUUAAAAAAGAAAACAUAUACACACAUAUGUAUGCAUACCUUCACAUUCAAACACAUACAUGCAUAAAACUAGACAGACUAUAAGAUUGCAUCUUAAGAACACUGCUUUGCUAUUAUUUGAUCUGUAUUUUUGUUUAUAGUGUUAUUGGAUUCGAGGGGCUGCUAAAGGUACAACAUUUGAUUUGAAUGUUCUUCACAACUAUAAUUUUAUUUAAAACCAGGCAAAUUGAAUUUCUUUCUAUCUCAAAUAUUGGCUAAUCCUAAUAGAAAUACACACUGACAAGGAUGUGGAAGAAAGAUAAUUCAUACAAUGUUAGUGGGAUUAUAAAAUGGCAUGACCUUUUUGAAACAGUCUAGCAGUUCUUGUAAAAUUCAAAGCUUCAGUUGUCAUAUGAUUCAAUAAUUCUAUCCAUCAAUAUAUGAUUAAGAUAAUUAAAAACAUGUGUAUGUAAUGCAUUGACUAAAUACUCUUAAAGAAGAGUGUUUAUAAUAAUCAAAAUUGAUAGCAAUCCAAUUUUGUCAACUGAUGAAUGAAUAAAGUUGUAAUACAACAUAAGAUAGUAAAAAUUUAAAAUAAUUGAAAUUAUGAUACUUGAUAUGUCAGAGUUCAAGCUCAAAAUAUGAUAAGUGAAAGAAUCCAGGUACUAGAAGGUACAUCUUAUAUAUGUAAGCUAGUAGUGACAGAAGGUAAGUUAGUGGUCUCUUGGUACUGAGUACAAGAGGAAUAACUAAUGUUAGUAGGCAUAUGUGAUCUUAUUUAGAAGAAAAGAAUGUCAUGAUGGUAGCUGCAUUUCUCAGUAAAUUUAUUAAAAUAUUGCUGACAGGCAUACUGGAAAUGGAUGAAUUUUAUUAUAUAAAAUAUUCAAUAAAGCUGUUUUAAAAAUAUA